AUGAUGGAAAACGGACCCCCUAGUGAGGAGUAUUACCUUCCUCGAGACUCGAGGCAAAGGAGACCUGACGACCGACGCGAGAUCGAAUUGCUCCACUAUGUCUAUAGCCGGCCAAAUCUUGAGGAAUUAAGAGGCUGUCCAGAGAAGGUUCUGGGGGCGAUUGAUGAGUUUGGCAAGAAAAAAGCAUACUUGAUGAAUGUAGGCCAACGCAAGGGGAAAAUUGUUACCAGCCUCAUCGAGGAGGUUAAACCACAGGUGAUGAUCGAGCUUGGGUCUUAUGUCGGGUACUCUGCCAUUCUGUUUGGGGAUGCUCUGCGUCGUGUGGGCGGCAAGAAGUACUACACCUUGGAGAAGAGUCCUGAAUAUGCUGCCGUCGCCAAUAUGCUGCUUGAUCUUGCCGGCUUGCGAGACUUUGUUAAGGUCUUGGUCGGGAGUAGCGACGUUUUGCUGCAUAAAUUAUGCACCACCGGCGAGAUUAUCACAAUCGAACUCAUGUUCCUCGACCAUUUCAAGCCUGCCUAUACCACUGAUUUGAAACUCUGUGAGCAACUCGGCAUGGUUGCAGCUGGGACCGUCCUUGCCGCUGAUAACAUGAUCAUGCCUGGUAACCCGGUAUAUUUGGAUUACGUGCGAAGCAGCGUUGAAACCAAGAGGAGCAAGGCGAAAACGUCUCCUAGUGGAUAUGAGAUAUUCUCUCAGAACAUCAUGUCUUGGUAUGUCGACAAAGAUGCGAAACCAGCGUUCGAUGCCGUCGGUAAUCCGAAUUUGAUUUACGAAAGCCGGUUGGUCGAGAGCUUUGAACCAUCUGGAGAGCCCGAUGGAAUUGAAAUCACCCGUUGUGUUGGCGCCCAAGAACCGAAUCACUUAUAAGUAUUCCGUACCGGAAAUAACACUGAUGUUCCACCGGCAACCAGCUAUGCCCUCGAUGCUUCA